GACAAUGACAUCACCGAUGCCCAUCGACAUGGCUUUGGCUUCGGCUUUUGGCGCGGGAAACGCCAUCGCGAUUGCCCUUUCCGUGAUGCUAUGGCGCGUCUACGGUCCACGCGUCCAAGUCUCGCCUGCCGCAUUUCCGGCUUGGUGGAUGAUAUAAGGCAUCCUACCCUCCACCGACCUUGUUCAGUUUCUUUUGCUUCUCUUCUUCACCACCACCACCACCACCACCACUUGACCAGAGGCAGCUUAGAACGAUUCCAGAAUCCUUGUUACAUUCCUCAACCACCACACAACAGAAAGAAAGAAAAACCCAAGAUCCAGCAGCAAUGGCCGACGACAAGAACCAGGCUCCCUCGACGCUGCAGUCGUACGUCGACUCGGCCACGGGUGCCGUCCAGAGCGCCAUCGGCAGCCUGACGGGCAACACGGGCGACAAGGCCAAGGGCGAGGUGCGCAAGGACCACGCCCAGGCCGAGCACGACGCUUCCCAGGCCGCCCUCAAGGUGCCAGGCGGCACCGUCUCCAGCUCAGGCGGCGUCAGCAAGGAUGACCCCAACCGCACCCAGGGCUCAUGGAACCAGACGGUGGGGUCUGCCAAGGAGGCAGUUGGCGGACUCAUCGGCAACGAGUCUCUCAAAAACUCUGGCCGCCAGCAAAAUCUCGAGGGUCAGCAGCAGGAGGCCAAGGGUCAGCUCAGCGACCUCGGCUCCGGCAUGGCCAACCGCGCCCAGGGUACCCUUGGCGGCGCCGUUGCCGGCCUAACCGGUGACAAGGCCGGCCAGGAGCACUACGAUCAGAUGCGCGCAGACGGCAAGGCACAGCAGCGUGGCGUGGAGCACGACCUGCAGAAGAAGGCCGAGGCGGAGCGCAAGGAGUAGACCGCGCCUUGGACCGAGCAAGACGGAAACACGUCUAUGGAUGAGAGUGCCGACCCGAUACCCUAGGAAAUUACGCUUAUGAUGCAUGUACUAGUUCAAUAUUCUAAUAGCUGUUCACGUUGCUACCUUGUCUUACGUGUUUCCUUCUUGCUAGAUGCCGACUGGUAGCACUCUGCCUCAAGUGUUGCCGUAUUCGGCGAGUCUUGACUCGCGUCUUUACGUAUAGGUUCAUAGACCUGUCAUAUUUACAGCAAUUAAUCCUGAAGAAUCACCAAGAC